AUGCUGUUGAUACCUUAGCUCUUGAAAAGAAAGCCAAGGAAGAAGAAAAAAAAAAAGCUGAAGAAGAAGCAAAAAAGAAAAAGGAAGAAGAAGAAGCUAAGGCUGCAAAAAAUAAAAAGAAAGGCCCUUAAAAAAUCGUUUACACUGAUUAAUUCAACAUGCCAGACACUUCCAAGAAAUUAACCUAACUUAAGGAAGAAAAACGUAAAAAAUAAGAUAUAAAUGAUAUGUUUGACGGUGCCAAUCACGAAUUCAAUGAACAUCUUUAAAAUAUUGAAUUACAAGAAGCUGAAGAUUUUGAAGUUUUAGGAUAACUUCUCGGAAAUAAAUUAUGCGAUCCUGAUUAUCUUAAUAUCCACAUUGAAGACUUCUUCAAGAAUCUCUUACAAAGCACUUAUGAAAAACUUACUUCUAAGGAACUCUAAGAAAUAUUAAGCAAAACUACAGUCCUUCUAUAGUAAAAGCAAAGAGAGGAAAAAGGAAAUGCUAAAAAUAACAGUAAAAAGGGUAAAGGUCCUAACAUUGGAGCUAAAAAUGUUGCUAAAUACAAAUAAAAGGGAUCCGAUAGUGAAUCUAACGAAGAUGAUGAAGAUGAAGAUAAUUAUAACUACAAGGCUAACUUUAAUGAGGAUGACUUCAUAUGAUUAAAAAGUAUUAUUAAAAAUAUAAGAUUAAAAUUAGUAUUUAUUCAGAUGUAUAUAGUUAGUAAGUUAGUUUAAUAUGCAUGCAGCCAUAGCUAUAUCUAGAAUUUGCUUUUAGCUUCAAUUAAUUCAUAUUUUUCAUACUCUUUUUUAUACUCUUUUCAUUUCGUUUUUGAUUAUUCAAUAAAUUGAUUUAACACCAUUUUAUUAUCUUAAUUUAAUUAAUAUCUUUCCAAAAUUUAAAGUCUUCACUAAAAUUUGUACCUUUGCUUGA